AUGAAGAAAUUAGAAUGGAAAAAUGAAACUAUUAUAACAGGAUUCAUCCUUCAUGGCUUUGGAGAUUUGAAAGAGAUACACAUUCUUCUGUUCAUACUAUUAAUCAUCUAUAUCAUGACUAUGGCUGGGAAUCUUCUCAUUAUAGCCCUAAUUGUGACUGACCAUCACCUCUAUACCCCAAUGUACUUUUUCCUAGGCAACCUGUCUUGUUUAGAGACCUGCUACAGCUCAACCAUUCUUCCUAUAAUAUUAGCCAGCCUACUAUAUGAAAACUAUACUGUAUCUGUGAAUGGUUGCAUUCUGCAGUUAUGGGCUUUUGUUUUUUUAGCUGUUACAGAAUGCUAUCUACUGGCUGCAAUGUCUUAUGAUCGUUACUUAGCAAUAUGUAGACCCCUGCAUUAUUCCACACUUAUGAAUUUCAAGAUAUGUGUCCAAUUAGUGCUUGGAUCUUGGAUUGGUAGUUUUGUGAUAGACAUAAUAUUGUUAACAUUUAUCUCAAAGUUAAGCUUCUGUGGCCACAAUUUGAUAGAACACUUCUUCUGUGAUUUCAUUCCAAUGAUGAAUCUAGCUUGCAGUGAUACAAGUCAGGUCAAACUUGUGUCAGCUAUCCUAACAUCUAUCUCCACCCUACCACCAUUCUUAACCAUAGUAUCAUAUACAUACAUCAUUGCUGCCAUUCUUGGAAUUCCUUCCAUCGUUGGGAGGCAAAAGGCCUUUUCUACCUGCUCUUCUCACCUCAUUGUAGUGACUAUCUUCUAUGGCAGUCUCACAAUUGUCUACCUUAUGCAAGACAGUAAUGAACUGAAAGAAUUGAAUAAAGUCUUCUCUGUCUUUUACACAAUCUUAACACCCCUGAUCAACCCUCUCAUAUAUAGCCUGAGGAACAAAGAGGUGAGGCGAGCUCUGCGAAGGGCAGUCAAUAAAUAUACAACCUGCAUACAAGUUCCCUGA